CAAAACGAUGUGCUACAUUAACCCCCAUGGUGGAGAACUGGACCCUCCUGAAGACAUAUAAAAUCAAACCACUGUCACCAGCCACCAACAGAAAAGAUUGUUGCCGUGAAAGACUCAAUGGUGCUGAGAUCCGCAUUGGAAAUUCCCUCAAUGACCACGGCAACAGUAAUCCCAGAUGUGCUGUCAUCUCGUCUAUCACAGCUGGGAGCUCCGACACCUUCACGUGUAAUGGAAUGGAAGGUCGUUAUGUAAACAUUGUGAUUCCUGGUAGAGCAGAAUACCUGACACUGUGUGAGGUGGAAGUCACUGGUCAGCCUUCAGGGAACCCUGCUCCAGCUGGUCCAGAUCUUAAUAUUGCUAAAGGUGGAAACGUGGUUCAGUCCUCCCUGGGGUGGAAUGGCGUCCCUGAAAGGGCCAUUGAUGGAAAUCGUGCUAGCAUUUAUGGACAGGAUUCCUGUACCCACACACAAAACGAUGUAAAACCAUGGUGGAGACUGGACCUCCUGAAGACAUUUAAAAUCAACACUGUCACCAUCACCAACAGAAAAGAUUGUUGCCACGAUAGAAUCAAUGGUGCUGAGAUCCGCAUUGGAAAUUCCCUCAAUGACAAUGGCAACGAUAAUCCCAGAUGUGCUGUUAUCUCGUCUAUCGCAGCUGGGAGCUCCAACACCUUCACAUGUAAUGGAAUGGAAGGUCGUUAUGUAAACAUUGUGAUUCCUGGAAGACAAGAAUACCUGACACUGUGUGAGGUGGAAGUCACUGGGUUAAAUACAGAUGAUUCCAUUGAAUAUGUCUGUGGCUGAGUCUGAAGUAAUUCUUCAGUUCAUCUCCACUUCAUUUUAACGCUAAUCUUUUCAAGUUUCUACUUCUUUUGCUUCAAUAGAAUAUUUAUAGUUAUGCUCAAUGGCAUUAUAUCUUUUCCAUCAAUAAAAUAUCCAUACAGCGAGUCAAAGACCAUUAUAGCGAGGUUUAAUUGACAUCAAGAGGUUUUUUUGCCUUACAGUACCAGGAAUUUAACAUAACUUGUGCUUAUAUUCACAGCAGUAUUGGUGCUGUUAUACAGUUGUUUGAGGUCCUCCAAUGUGAAUUUUAUUAACUUAUAAAGUUUAUGUUUUGUGUAUUUUUAAGAAAUAGUUCAACAUUUUGGGAAACAAUAAUUUUUGCUUUCUUGCCAAGACUCAGAUGAGAAGAUUGAUAUCCCCCUCAUAUUUACAUGAUAACUAUCAAUCUACCAUUAGCAACUGUCUAUUUAUGCACAAAGACUGUACACAAACUAGAAACAAUGAGUUGGGUUUGGUAUCAUUCGGAUUUUUACGAUGCCUAACCAUACUUUUAAAAUGAUUCCUAAAACAAUUCUUGAAAACUGAAAAAUUACAUCAAAGAAAGGCUCUUUCAUAUUAUUUGAAUUGAAAAUUAUUUGAAUUUAACAAUAUAUUAACGUUUUAAAGUACUUAAAUAUAUAAUAAGUAAACCUAAGUCACAUAACACACAACUACAGUAAUUUAUCAAUAACUAAAAGUUACACAAUUAAUAAGUAACAACACAAAAUAUAUUGAGUUGGUAUGCUAACUAAACCAGCUUCAAAUAUUACCAUAUUUGCCUUCUCUGGCAAGAUACGACACUUCUCCUGACUUAUGGCAUGUGCUGCACAGGGGAAACCUCUCUCAGAUGGUGUCGGAGAGAAAGAAAAAAGAGACCCGAAGCGACAAAGGAAAAAUAUUUGAGUGAACACAUUGAGCAGAACGGAUCCGGUUCGAAUUUUGGUACCCGACUCUAACAAUAAGGACCUGGUUUGGUCCAAAUGCAACCUACCUCCAUCCUAUCACCUAGAGUUACAAAAUAUGAGCCAAAUCAGACAGUUUAAUGACAGUUUCGAAAGCACAUAUGUAACCUUCUCUUUGAAAAAGAAAUAACAAAUAUAAAGCCAAAGUGUGGGUCUCAAUUACAGCAGCAACAGGUAGGUUUCAGUCGGGUCUUUCGAAAGGCAGAGGUACAGGCUGAGUUUGAAUCCAGAUUUAAGGUCUGUGGAGAACUCUCACAAUUACUUUUCUGUUACAAGUAAAAAAAACAAUUCAACAAUACAAAUGCAUCGAAUGACAUUGUAGCAAGGGGUAAAAGGGAUAUGAACCUACAAAAAAUUAGCACCAGUAUAAUUUAGUUGUACGGCAAUUUCACAACUUUGUUAAUUCACUCUGACUGCCCUUACAGCAUUGUCUUUGGCCACAGCAGACAGCUUUUAUAGCACAAAAGCUCCACUAAAAAAACCACUGUAACCUACCUGCUCAGCAUCUCAGAAAGACAGUUAGUGACUGGUGGGCAUACAGAGACAGAGGAGCCAACAUCCCCGUACAGCAACACGACAAAUUGACACAAUGUUUUCAACAAAGAAAUUAAAAAAAAAAAAUCACAAAAAGUAUUUAACAUAGAUAGUGUUUCACAAAGUUUCCUCAACAACUCAAAAACCUAUGCAUCUUUAUAAGCCUUCAGUCUCUCAUGGAUUUGGUUGCUGAUCCUAUGUCACUGUUCCCAUGGGGAAAAAACAGCAAAAUAGUUAUCUUGGCUGUGUCUGGCAUUGUUUUUUUUCUUGGCCUUGUCUAUAUCUACUGCACUUGCAAAAUAAACAUAAUUUUCCUCCCACA